AUGAAAUCACUCCUCGUUUCAGUUUCCCUCUUCGGAAGUGCUGUCUUCGCUCUCGAUCUGACCUUCGCCUCUGUGGCCAGUUGUACUGGUAAGGCUCUUCAUGGAAGAAGAGACUUGCCCAGUAUCUCAUGCUAUAACUUGACCUCCUACCCCGCUACUCAGUCGGUCAUCCUUGCAAGCUUUGAACCUGGAGAAACGGUCAAGUUCUUUUCCGAUGCAGAGUGUCAAGAUGAAAUUUAUCGCGCUUCAUCUGAUCAAUGCUAUACGGAGACGAACAGGAAGGUACUAGGGUUCUCCCUCCAGGCCGCAAAUGAUGCAACAUCGAGCAGCGCAUCGAGUACCGACGUUGCGGUUUAUGAGGUUAAGCUCACCAACUUCACAGGCUUAUCGCAGUCAAGCCCAUUCAACAUCGAUCUGAACUUCAGCCGUUUCGCGACUGGAGUGACACUUUCCAUUGUGGCAGGUCUUGUCGCUAUUUCAACAAUCGCAACUGGGUGCGUCUUGAACGAUUCUACAGAUGUGUUGUCUAUCUAUGGCUGUAUAGCGGGGCCAAUGUCAACUAUCAUUGCAGUUGUUGGGGGAUAUCUCAUCAGUAAAGGAGUCGGCUCUGGUCCCGGCCCGUUGGAAGCCGCUAUCAAUAUGGGCACUGGAACGAUCAGUGACCUGAGAAGACGGGAACUGAUUGACAGUGCGAAUUUCGAAUACAUGUCAGGUAUCAUGAAACGGGACCGUGGGGAUGGAAUCGUUGUCGGUGAGCAUGUUGGAUUUCAGGGUCGCGACAUGGGCAAUGGUGUUCAACAGCGAAGCCCUCUUUACGAAAUGGACUUCGGUGUUGGGGGCAUGUACCACAUGGCAGCAUUCUUUGACGAGAGAUCCAACAAGUUUGUACACCAUUUGCACCGUGCGGAAGAAUCUGGUCUGAAAGUUCGUCAUGAUGGCCUCGGCAGACGCCAAAUCUCAUACGACGAUGUUCGAUGGAACACCAAUGGACUCGACUUUGACUACUGCAUUUUUCAAGGGGCAACGUCUGGAUUUAGCGCAGCACCCACGGACCUCUGGCAGACGGCCUUCGACCAGUUCAAGUGCCAAGUACCAGAGGGAAGUACAUCUCUAGAGUCUGAUGCUACGAAUGUGAACGUGAAUCUGUUUAAUGAAGCUGCCACUCUUGUUGGGUCCAUUACGAUUGUUGGCUACAGCGGCACCGACACAUCAUCAGGCAGUCCUCCCACUUGUGCCAAUCCUACCUCGAACUUGAAUGAGGAUUGCGUUGUAGCUUGA